GAGAGUAUUGUAUUGAAGGUCGUGCUGCUGAAGGCCCUUCGCCUUCACGAGCCUUUUUCCCUCUUCUCUAUUUCCUAUUCGUACACUAUUAUUAUAGCCCCCAAUAGCAUCAGUUUGCAUCUCUCUCUCUCUCUCUAAAACUCAGAAACAGAGGCCAUAUGUGAAAAACCAAGCACCCUAGGCCAAUCCCCAAUGUCCUGAUUCCCUUCUUCACCAACCCUUCACCGCUUGUUUUUUGUUUCUCCAGAAAGAAAGUUUUACCCUAGGCAGGCAGCCAGGCCCCAAGAAGAAUCUUCAGAAACGGAAGGAUGAAGAGGGACCAUAUGAAUCAAGAAAAUUUCUCGAGCAGUGGGAGCUGCAGCUCCUCUGGUAAGGCUAAGAUGUGGUCAUGUGAAGCUGAAGAGGCCGGCGUCGAUGAGCUCUUUGCGGUUUUGGGAUACAACGUCAAGUCUUCCGACAUGGCGGAGGUGGCGCAAAAGAUCCAACAGUUGGAGGAAGUGAUGGGAAGUGUUCAGCACGACGGCCUGUCUCACCUCGCUUCUGAAACUGUUCAUUAUAAUCCUUCGGAUCUCUCGUCCUGGCUCGAGUCCAUGAUUUCUAUCACUAGUGUUGACAACACCUGCAGCGUUAACAGCCGUGCCCAAAUGGCGGUUGACUUGGACUUCGGGUCGGAUCUUAUUGCCAUACCCGGAAAAGCCGUUUUCCCCAGAACCGAACCCCCCGUCGCGCCACCGCCUCCACUACAGCCACCGCAGCAUCAGCAUCAGCCCCUAGCUAAGAGACUGAAAACAUCGCCGUAUAUAGAUAAUUCGGUUGGGGGGUUGCAGAGUGAGCCAGUUUUUGCUCGGCCCGUUGAGUCGACGCGGCCUGUUGUCCUGGUUGACUCGCAGGAAAAUGGUAUCAGACUUGUUCAUACUCUGUUGGCUUGUGCUGAGGCCGUACAGCAAGAGAACUUCAAAUUGGCUGAGGCUUUGGUCAAGAAUAUUGGAUUUCUAGCAGUUUCGCAAGCAGGGGCUAUGAGAAAAGUGGCUACAUAUUUUGCUGAAGCAUUGGCUAGGAGAAUUUAUAGACUGUAUCCCUCAAAUCCGCAGGACACUGCGUUUACUGAUAUGUUACAAAUGCACUUUUAUGAGACAUGCCCGUAUCUCAAAUUCGCGCAUUUUACUGCAAAUCAAGCAAUUCUUGAAGCCUUUGCAGGGAAAAACCGAGUUCAUGUGAUUGAUUUCAGCAUGAAGCAGGGGAUGCAGUGGCCUGCACUGUUGCAAGCUUUGGCCCUGAGGCCUGGAGGCCCGCCGAGCUUCCGUUUGACGGGAAUCGGCCCACCUUCACACGAUAACACGGAUCAUUUACAGGAAGUUGGGUGGAGAUUAGCUCAAUUGGCUGAAACAAUCAAUGUUGAGUUUGAGUACAGAGGUUUUGUGGCGAAUUCUUUGGCUGAUCUUGAUGCGUCCAUGUUUGACAUAAGGGAAGGCGAGUCGGUAGCCGUCAAUUCGAUUUUCGAGUUGCAUCAGUUGUUAGCGAGACCAGGGGCUAUUGAGAAGGUUCUGAAAGUAGUGCGUGAAUUGAAGCCUGAAAUCUUGACUGUGGUUGAGCAGGAGGCUAAUCACAACGGAAACGUUUUCUUGGAUCGAUUCACCGAGUCUUUGCAUUAUUACUCAACCCUUUUCGAUUCACUGGAGAGUUGUGGCGGCGGCAGUAACGGCAGUGACGGGGUGGUGAGUGAUCAAGAUAAGGUUAUGAGCGAGGUAUACUUGGGGCGGCAGAUCUGCAAUGUGGUGGCUUGUGAGGGUGCUGACCGGGUUGAGAGGCAUGAGACACUGGCUCAAUGGAGAUCCCGGUUCGGUUCAGCUGGAUUCGUCCCGGUUCACCUGGGCUCCAAUGCUUACAAGCAAGCUAGUAUGCUGUUGGCACUGUUUGCUGGUGGGGAUGGGUACAGAGUGGAUGAAAACAAUGGCUGUUUGAUGUUGGGAUGGCACACAAGGCCAUUGAUUGCUACCUCAGCUUGGAAACUAAGUUAGAACUUAUUGAUUUAACUCGGGUUCAUCCGGUGGGUUAACUCAUCUAGGGUUCAAGAAGAGGGGGGUGGGGUGGGGUGGCCAUGUUUCUUGUCAGAGUGGGUAUCUCUGCUGAGCUGUGAGUACAAUGCCUUAGUGAAAAGUGAGACCCACCACUUCUCUAGUGUGUCUCCUCCACAGUCCACUCCACCCUUUCCAUUUUCCAUUUCCAAGUUGGAAAAAAAUUGAUCUUUUCUUCCUUUCUUUUUCAGCUUUUGCUUAUUGCUCUCUUUUUAGGUUUUGAAUUUCUCAAGUGAAUUUCUUUCUUUCGUGUAAUUUCUCAGGGGUGAAUCUGGAAUAGUGGAAUCUGUAUUUACAUUACAUAUAUAGUAGCUUUUGCUGCAUAAUAAAAAGAAAUCACUCUUUCUCGGAUUCUUGAAUGUGAAAAGGUGAUUGUAAUCAAAGGGCCAGCUUUUGUUUGUUGUGUCUAAUGUUGAGGAGAGAACUGGUCAUAUCAUAUGUUGCAACACUAUUGGAUUCUCCAGCAUCAGAAUUUGAGCUGCAGUUCAUUUGCUCAA